AUGGGGAGACUGUUGUUAUGGGUUGGGCUGGCUCUCGUGCUGAAACACCAAGAUGGUGCUGCCUACAAACUGGUGUGUUAUUUCUCAAACUGGGCCCAUAACCGACCAGGCCCUGCCUCUGUUUUGCCCCAAGACCUGGAUCCCUUUCUCUGUACACACUUGAUAUUUGCCUUCGCCUCAAUGAGAAACAAUCAUAUUAUUGCCAAGAAUAUCCAGGAUGAGGAAAUUUUCUACCCAGAGUUCAACAAACUCAAGGAGAGGAAUAAGGAGCUGAAAACACUGCUGUCCAUUGGAGGGUGGAACUUUGGCACAUUGAGAUUUACCAAUAUGUUGUCCACAUUUGCCAACCGUGAAAAGUUUAUUGAUUCUGUUAUCUCCUUCCUGAGAAUACAUAAUUUCAAUGGGCUCGAUCUUUUUUUCUUGUACCCUGGACUGAGAGGCAGCCCCACGCGUGACCGGUGGACAUUUCUUUCCUUAAUUGAAGAGCUCCUGUCUGCCUUUCAGAAGGAAGCACUGCUCACUAAUCGCCCAAGGCUCCUUCUCUCUGCUGCAGUCUCUGGUGUCCCACACAUUAUCCAAAUAUCUUAUGAUGUGUACCUUUUAGGAAGACUCUUGGAUUUUAUCAACAUCUUGUCUUAUGAUUUACAUGGAAGCUGGGAGAAGUUCACAGGACAUAAUAGCCCAUUGUUCUCUCUUCCAGAUGACCCUAAAUCUUCGGCAUAUGCUAUGAAUUACUGGCGAAAGCUUGGGGCACCCUCAGAGAAGCUCAUCAUGGGGCUCCCCACAUAUGGACGUACCUUUCGCCUCGUCUCAGCUUCUAAGAACGGGUUGCAGGCUGCAGCGAUGGGACCAGCAUCUCCAGGGAAGUACACCAAACAAGCUGGCUUCUUGGCUUAUUAUGAGGUUUGCUCCUUUGUCCAAAGAGCAAGAAAGCACUGGAUUGAUUAUCAAUAUGUUCCAUAUGCCUACAAGGGGAAUGAGUGGGUUGGCUAUGAUGAUGCCACCAGCUUCAGUUACAAGGCAAUGUUUGUAAAGAGAGAACAUUUUGGAGGUGCCAUGGUGUGGACACUGGACAUGGAUGAUGUCAAAGGCACUUUCUGUGGCACUGGCCCUUUCCCCCUGGUAUACAUCCUGAAUGAGCUCUUGGUGAAGGCUGAGGUCAGCUCAAUUACUUCACCACAAAUUUUGCCUUUAUCUUCUAUGAAUUCUUCAAGAUCUGACUCUGAAAGACUGGCUGUGACAAAGGCAAUGGCUACUGAUACUGUUAAGAUUUUGCCUCCAGGAGGAGAGGACACAGUCCAUAAAAAUGUAACUACAAUUCCUAUGAGUAGAAUUGUGACUCUUGGAAGGGAAAUAGUAUCUCCUAGAAAACACAGUGGAGCUCUGGGAGGAAAGAGUGAGGUCUCCGAAACAAAGAUUAUGACUUCAGUGGACCAUUGGUCUGUGGGCACUGCAGAGACAACUGCAGCCCUUGUGCGUCUUCAGACAGAGACCCUUGGGGAGAAGGCAGUGGCCACUGUGCGUCAUCAACCUGUGACCCCUGAAGGGAUAACUGUGACUCCUGGGCAUCUUCAGACUAGGAUCUUUGGGAAGACAACAAUACCUAGAAGAAAUGCUGUAUUCAUUGAAAACAACAUUGUCCCCAGAAAGAUGCCAGUCACCCCUGCUGCGAAAGCUGUGACUCUACCAGGGGAGAAUUUUAUUUCUGAGGUAGAAACCAACCCCAGGAUGGGUGAAAGUGGUCGUUAGGUGUGAGAUGAAAACUGGAUGCUGUCUUCCAGCCCUUUCAUCCAUCUUUUAAGAUGCAUUCUCCUUGCUUUUGGCAACCCCUUUAUUCCCACUGAUGGAAAUCAUUCAUUUAUUGACUCAGUGACCUUUGCAACAAGUCUUCUUUCUAAAAAAUAAAAAGACAACCCAAAAAAAUUUUUCUGUGUGGAUAAAGAAUAUUAAGCUCUGUAGCAGAAACUAGGAAAGCUCUUGUCUUUUGUCUUAUGUGAUGACACAAGCAACUUGAUCUUACCUGUUGAUAAAACAUUCACUGGGUAAAACUGGCACCAAAGCCACAGGGUGUCGAUCUCUUUUCUGUUGAAU